AUGGGGUCGACUCCAGAAGCAGGAACUCCCGGGGGCCCUGAGGGUGAGGGAGGCCCCCCGGCUCCGGCCCCGAACCUCACCAGCAACAGACGACUGCAGCAGACACAAGCACAGGUGGACGAGGUGGUGGACAUCAUGCGUGUGAACGUGGACAAAGUCCUGGAGAGAGAUCAGAAGCUGUCGGAGCUGGACGACCGGGCCGACGCCCUGCAGGCCGGAGCCUCGCAGUUUGAGAGCAGCGCCGCCAAACUCAAGAACAAAUACUGGUGGAAAAACUGCAAGAUGAUGAUCAUGAUGGCGAUUAUAGGAGUUAUAUGUUUUGGAGUCAUCUUCUUGUAUUUCUUCUACUGAGCGGCUCUUCAGGGACGGACACACGAGCCGCAGGACGAGUCUGCACCACCGAGCCUCUUCAUCCUCCUCUUCCUCACCGAUGCCUUCCUCAGAAACCUCCACGCUUGGUCGUUAACGUGCUCCAGUGCCUCCUUUUCUUCUCUGCUCCUCGUGGGAAACGUCUCUCCGGGCAGGAAUCCAGAGCGGAUCGAAUAUUCUCGUUUUUGUACCAGAUGAGAUGGUUUGAAUGAUUCAGCUAAACGUUUUCUUCCUUUUUCCUGCCGUUUUGUCUCAAAGCCAAAAGGGAAAUUGGUUUUUCACAUCAGUAUUUGCUGCAGGUCUAAAAUCCAUUGACCCAGGUUUGUUCGUGAGGAUGUUUGGUGAGACGUUGAGAGCAUCUCAUUGACCUUUGACCUUUUUUUAUUGGCUUCCAGUGACCACCAGAACAAACUGCUGGUCUCCAGUUAAUGACCAGUAUUUGACACAAGGUGACAUUAAGCAAAAAUAAUCUUCUAAUGAGUCUUAUGAAGAGUUGUUACGUUAAAUAAGUUUCAUUACUUGUUCAUUUAUUCUUUCUUGGGUUUUAAAAUAAGGUUUUGGCCGAUUGCUGGUAAUUUUUUUCCCCUAAACAGACAAAAAAGACUGGAAACAAAAUUUUACGGACCAGAAAACCAGAAUGUUGAGUCAGCUGUUCUGUCAUCAUCCCAAUUUAAUUCUCUCUGUCUUUCCUCCGAAUUUCUUUCCUCCUUUUCUUUCU